GAAUAGGGGAGGGGCAGAGAGACAAUCCCAAGCAGGCUCUGCACUGCCAGCACAGAGCUCAAUGCAGGACUAGAUCCCAUGAACCAGUAGACCAGGACCCCAGCCAAAACCAAGAGUCAGAUGCUCAACUGACUGAGCCACCCAGGCACCCCUUAUUUUUAUUUUUUUAAAGUAGGCUCUAUGCCCAACGUGGGGCUUGAACUCAUGACCCCAAGAUGAAGAGUUGCAUGCUCUACCAACUGAGCCAGCCAGAUGCCCCUACCUUUGCUCAUUUUUAAAUUGGAUUAUCUUUUGGAUUAUUGAGUUGGAAGAUCCAGUGAAAGACAUGAAGAGGAGGAAUAAUAAAACCUAUCGGUGUCAGCUAAGCAAGUAGAAAAUAAAUAUUAUUUAUCCCUAUUUUACAGAUGAGGUAAUGCCCAAUAAUGCCAGUGAGUGGCAGAGCUAGGAUUCAAGCUAAGUUUGAUUCCAAAAGGCCAGCUCUUAACCUUAACCAAGAAUGACCAGUGGUUCACUGAGUUGUAGCUUUGUUCCUUGCCCCUAAUUCCCCUAAACUACAGACCUGCGUUCCUUUAGGAACCUCCUCGGAGGCGCCAGCAGAUGGCGAUGGGGCCCCUGUGGGCCGCUCUGUCCGGCCCGCGUCUGUCUAUGGUACCACCAGUGCGCAGGCGUAGCCUCUGCGCUUCCGGGCGCCUUUCAAGGUGAGCCAGGGUCUCCGAGAACCUACUCCCUACUCCUCAAUCCCUUUUCCCGAAUCAAACCAUCCCCCGCAGCUCGCAGCCGGCUAAGUACCGGAGCCAGGGUGCCCAGGAGAUGGCCAGGUAGCCACCAGAGGAGGCAGAGCUGUUCUGACGUGUGGGUCCCGGCGAGGCCCACCGGUCGUAGACCCCGCGACUCUGCUUUGCUGCGCGGGGUAGGUCGUGACUCUGGUUGGUCUCCUGGCGAUCCUGGCCUUCCAGAAGUGGAGCGUGACUCCUCCCCUUGGUCCUCUUGGUCUCCACCAGGCGGCGCCGUCAUUCCGGCCCAGGUUCCCCUGCGCUGCGAGCCCUGGGCACCCCAAGGGUGUUGAGAUUGGCAAGGAGAGAGGCGGAGAAAUGAGCUGUCAGAGAGCAGUGUACCACUUGAAAUAAGUUUCCCUGGUGGACUGUGCUUUUCAUCAUUAGAAUCUCCUGGAGUACAUGUGCAAAUCCCUAUGCUCCACCCCGAAAGAUCCCGAUUCAGUAGAUCUGGGGUGGGGCCUGGAAAUCAGCAUUUUAAACGGCUGCUCCAGGUUGAUGCCCGUAAUCUGCGGACCUCACCUUCAGAAACACCGGUGUAACUGGUGGAGAGGAACAUUGCAUUGGGUUGGCUAUGGGGCUGUUUAUCUUCUGGAAGGCUUCCAAGAGGAAGUGAUUCUAGCUUGGCUUUGUAUUGAGGGACCAGAAUAUCCAUUGGUUCUUUACCCCACAGUGAUGAACUCCCUGCCCGCUACCAGCAGGAUGCAGAAGAUCUCAGUGCUGCUCUUCCUGGCCUGGGUCGGCUUCCUCUUCUACGUUGGCAUUGCCCUCUUCACCAGUGGUUUCCUGCUCACCCGUUUGGAGCUCACCAACCAUAGCAGCUGCCAAGAGCCCCCAGGCCCUGGGUCCCUGCCAUGGGGAAGCCAAGGGAAACCCGGGGCCUGCUGGAUGCCUUCUCGAUUCUCUCGGCUUGUGUUGGUGCUAAUAGAUGCUCUGCGAUUUGACUUUGCCCAGCCCCAGCACUCACAUGGGCCUGGGGAACCUCCUGUCUCUCUGCCCUUCCUGGGUAAACUGGACUAUUUGCAGAGGAUCCUGGAGAUUCAGCCCCACCAUGCCAGGCUCUACCAGUCUAAGGCUGAUCCCCCCACCACCACCAUGCAGCGCCUCAAGGCCCUCACCACUGGCUCACUGCCUACCUUUAUUGAUGCUGGCAGUAACUUUGCCAGCUAUGCCAUAGUGGAAGACAAUCUCAUUAAGCAGCUUGCCAGUGCAGGAAGGCGUGUGGUCUUCAUGGGAGAUGAUACCUGGAAAGAUCUUUUUCCUGGAGUUUUCUCUCAAGCUUUCUUCUUCCCAUCUUUCAAUGUGAGAGACCUGCACACAGUGGACAAUGGCAUCCUGGAACACCUCUACCCAACCAUGGACAGUAGUGAAUGGGAUAUGCUGAUUGCUCACUUCCUGGGUGUGGAUCACUGUGGCCACAAGCAUGGCCCUCACCACCCUGAAAUGGCCAAGAAACUUAGCCAAAUGGACCAGGUGAUCCAGGGACUUGUGGAUCGUCUGGAGAAUGACACACUGCUGGUGGUGAUUGGGGACCAUGGAAUGACCAUGACUGGGGACCACGGAGGGGAUAGUGAGCUGGAGAUCUCAGCUGCACUUUUUCUGUACAGUCCCACAGCUCUCUUUCCCAGUGCCCUACCACAGGAGCCGGAGAUAGUUCCUCAAAUCAACCUUGUACCUACGCUGGCCCUGCUGCUGGGCCUGCCCAUUCCAUUUGGGAACAUCGGGGAGGUAAUGGUUGAGCUGUUCUCAGUGGUUGAAGACCCCCAGCCUCACUCCUCUGCUCUGGCCCAAGCCUCAGCUCUUCAUCUCAAUGCCCAGCAGGUAUCCCGAUUUCUUCACACCUACUCAGCUGCUGCUCAGGACCUUCAAAUUAAGGAACUUCAUCGACUGCAGAACCUCUUCUCCAAGGCCUCUGCUGACUACCAGCGGCUUCUGCAAAGCCCCCAGGGGGCUGAGGCAGCACUACAGACUGUGAUUACUGAGCUGCAGCAGUUCCUGCGGGGAGUUCGGGCCAUGUGCAUUGAGUCUUGGGCUCGUUUCUCUUUGGUUCGCAUGGCAGGGGGUGCUGCUCUCAUGGCUGCUGCCUGUUUUCUUUGCUUGCUGGUAUCCCAGUGGGUAACAUCCCCAGGCUUCUACUUCUGCCCCCUCCUCCUAACACCCAUGGCCUAUGGUCUGGCUGGUGCCAUAGUGUGUGCUGGACUCCUGACAGCUACCGGACUGAAGCCGGAUCCAGUGGUCCUAGGGGCCAUGGCUGCAGUGGGCUCACUCCUGCCUUUUUUGUGGAAAGCGUGGGCUGGCUGGGGGUCCAAGAGGCCCCCGGCAGCCCUACUGCCCAUCCCUGGGCCUGUUCUGUUAUUCCUGCUCAUUCGUUUUGCUGCUUUCUUCUCUGACAGUUUUGUUGUAGCUGAGGCCAGGGCCACCCCCUUCCUUUUGGGCUCAUUCAUCUUGCUCCUGGUUGCCCAACUUCACUGGGAGGGCAAGCUGCUGCCACCUAAGCUUCUCACAAUACCCCGCUUUUGCCUUUCGGCCUCAACAGGCCCGCCACGGCACAAUGGCACACAUGCCCUGGGACUUGGAGUUGGGUUGCUUUUAUGUAUAAGGCUAGCUGGACUUUUUCAUCGGUGCCCUGAAGAGACACCUGCUUGCCAUUCCUCUCCCUGGCUGAGUCCCUUGGCAUCCAUGGUGGGUGGUCGAGCCAAGAAUUUGUGGUAUGGAGCUUGUGUGGGGGCUUUGGUAGCCCUGUUAGUUGCUGUGCGCCUGUGGCUUCGCCGCUAUAGUAACCUCAAGAGCCCUGAGCCCUCUGUGCUCUUUGUGCGCUGGGGGCUGCCCUUAAUGGUACUAGGCACUGCCGCUUACUGGGCAUUGGCAUCAGGAGCAGAUGAAGCACCCCCACGUCUCCGGGCCCUGGUUGCUGGAGCAUCAGUUGUGCUGCCCAGGGCUGUGGCAGGAUUGGCUGCUUCAGGGCUCAUGCUGCUGCUCUGGAGGCCUGUGACAGUGCUAGUGAAGGCUACAACAGGUGCUCCAAGGACCAGGACUGUCCUCACUCCCUUCUCAGGCCCCCCAACUUCUCGCGCUGACCUGGAUUAUGUGGUUCCUCAAAUCUACCGACAUAUGCAGGAGGAGUUCCGGGGCCGUCUAGAGAGGACCAAAUCCCAGGGCCCCUUGACUGUGGCAGCUUAUCAGUUGGGGAGUGUCUACUCAGCUGCUAUGGUCACAGCUCUCACCCUUUUGGCCUUCCCACUUCUGCUUUUGCAUGCAGAACGCAUUAGCCUUGUGUUCCUGCUUCUGUUUCUGCAGAGCUUCCUUCUCCUGCAUCUGCUUGCUGCUGGGAUAUCCAUCACCACCCCUGGUCCUUUUACUGUGCCAUGGCAGGCAGUUUCUGCCUGGGCCCUCAUGGCCACACAGACGUUCUACUCCACGGGCCACCAGCCUGUCUUUCCAGCCAUUCAUUGGCACGCAGCCUUCGUGGGAUUCCCAGAGGGUCAUGGUUCCUCCACCUGGCUGCCUGCUCUGCUGGUGGGAGCCAACACCUUUGCCUCCCAUCUCCUCUUUGCAGUAGGUUGCCCAUUGCUUCUGCUCUGGCCCUUCCUAUGUGAGAGUCAAGGACCCCGGAAGAAGUGGCAGCCCCUAGGGAAUGAAACUGAAUCCAGAGUCAAGCCUGAGGAGGAGGAGGAGCCACUGAUGGAGAUGCGGCUCCGGGAUGCACCUCAUCACUUCAAUGCAGCACUGCUGCAGCUGGGCCUCAAGUACUUCUUUGUCCUUGGUAUUCAGAUUCUGGCCUGUGCCUUGGCAGCCUCCAUCCUCCGCAGGCAUCUCAUGGUCUGGAAGGUGUUUGCUCCCAAGUUCAUUUUUGAGGCUGUGGGCUUCAUUGUGAGCAGCGUGGGACUUUUCCUGGGCAUAGCUUUGGUGAUGCGAGUGGAUGGUGCUGUGAGCUCCUGGUUCAGGCAGCUAGUUCUGGCCCAACAGAGGUAGCCUAGGCUGCAAGUGCUGGCUUUGUGGCCACAGGGAGAGCUGAAGAACAAUCUCGCCUGGCCUAUACAGGUGCUGGAUCAUCUGCAAGAGAGGCUUAGCCACACUUCUUACCACCAUGCAGCCAGGAGCUACUGACAUCUGGGACUUCGUUAUUUUAUAAUUCAAAAUCAUAGUGGGGCAUGGUCCCUAACUGCUGCUUUGAAUGCAUCUAAGGGACUGGAGGGUGGUCUCCAAAGUAGAAUAAAAUAAUAAUGUAAAUAUGUGUGUCUGAGAGGUGGGGGAGUCCCCACUGUCCUACAGGGACUAGGAAGAGGGUCACUCUCCCCUCCUAUGAGGCACAGAUGGCAUCAGCCAUCUUGUGCAGACCUGGCUACACCUGAAAACUUUUGGGAAGUGGUUGGAGUUGUCUGAAUUCACUUCUACUUCUUCCCAAAUCACUCCUGUUAUCCCACCGGCUUUUUUUUUUUUUUCAUGUAACAUGUUUUAUUAAAUUCUUCUGCUAAUAGCAGAGAUGGCUGAAAAGCACAGGCAACAUGGAGUACACAAACCCACUGUCUAAAGCCCCAAACAGUGUUGCAUUCCCUCCUCUGUUGUGUUCUUUCGCGCUAGAACACCCUUUGCCCUUUGCUUCUGUGGAGGCCAGGAGGCCACCCUAGUUUUCCAACCUUUGCUGCCAUUUAUCAGACCUAAUUGCCCAUCUUACAUAGCAUUCCAUCUUGUCCUAUUGAUUAUUCCUGACUUGGAGCCAAAACUAUAUAAAUUUAAUGCAUGUCUCUUAUGUUCUUCAUCCACCUCACUACUAUGUAAGAUUGAAGUACUGGUGGCAAAUUCUCAUGGAAAUGUCCAUCAAAGGAGGGGGAGGGGAAGACCCUGAGGAGAAGGGUCAGGACUGGGAUUUGAUGUUUGAUAAUGCCCAGGACAAGUGAUGGUGAAGUAAAGGCAUUCACCACUGUGGCAGCUAAAGGAAGAGUUGGAGUUAUUGUGGCUAAUAGUCUCUAAUGCUACAGAGAUCAAACAAAGAUAAGUUCAUACUGUUUCAGGCAGUUAGAGGAUAGGACAUUGGUAACCCUGGCAGGAAUAGAUUUAAUAAUGUAAGAGAAGUUAGGCCCCAGCUAAAACUGUAAGAUGAAUUAGAAAAAGAUCCCUUCCCUUUCCUUAAUCUGGGGGACACUAUUCCCAAGCAUCAUUUAAUAAGCAGACAAUGCCUCUGUGAGAAGAAAAGACCCUUUCCCAUCCCUAGCACCCAUGGGAAGGAUUUCAGAGCCUAGUCCCUCAUCUUGUCUUAGUCAGGUUCCCCCCAAUCCCGUUCCUUUUUUGCAGAGAGCCUCCUUCCCUGGAGCCUAAGGAAAAUAUUUUCUUAGUACCAUUGGCUAUUUCCUCUUCUGAUCUAACUACAAGAUCCUUUUAGAGAAAGAUCUGUUAAAAAUUCUUGGGGCACCGGAGUGGCUUAGUUGAACAUCUGACUCUUGAUUUCUGCUCAGGUCAUGAUCCCAGGGUUGUGGUAUCGAGCCCCAUGAGCACCCCUGCUUAACAUUCUCUUCCCCCUCUGCCCUUCUCCCCUGCUUGUGCGCUCUCUCUCUCUCUCUCAAGAAAAAAAAAAAUCUCAUUUCUGCUUCUCACUUGACAUCAAAGACCCCAUUACACACUAACUUAUUGUUUGUUGUGUUGUUUUGUUUUGUUCUGAGAGAGAGUGUAUGUGUGAACUGGGGAGGGGCAGAGGGAGAGGGAGAGAGAAUAUUAAGCAGGAUCCAUGUUCAGCUCUGAGCUCUUUGCAGGGCUCUAUCCCAUCACCCUGGGAUCAUGACCUGAGCCAAAAUUGAGAGUUGGAUGCUUAACUAACUGAACCACCCAGGCGCCCAACUUUUUUGUUUUGUUUUGUUUUAGAGAGCUUUAUUGAGGUACAAUUUACCAUAAAAUCCAGCCAUUUAAAGUGCACAAUUUUGGGUGCCUGGAUGGCUCGGUCAGUUAAGCAUCUGACUCAAUUUCGGCUCAGGUCAUGAUCUCACAGUUGUGAGAUCGAGCCCAGUGUUGGGCUCAGCGCCGGGCAUGGAGUUUGCCUAAGAUUCAUUCUCUCCCUCUCCCUCUGCCUUUCCACCACGCACCCUCUCUCUCUCUCUCUCUC